GUUGAGUGUUGACUUAAUAAUAAUAUGGUUUAUUUACAAUUGCAUCUGGAGAUGAUUGAAAGUAUGGUUUGUGAGGCAUUGUUUUUUUGGUGGUAGGACGCUUCAUGACAGUGAGGAUUUCGUGAAGAGGAAUGCUGUUUAAAAAAAAAAAACGUAGGUAUUUAUAUUUACAGGCCGCUGAGUUCGAACAAGCUCAAAUAUUUAUUUCACGUUUCACUAAACUUCCGAAGUUGCGAAGCGAAACGUGACCGCGAUGAGUUUGAUCAAUAAUGGAGUUACCAAAACAACGUAAAAAGCGAAAAAAAAAAAACAUUCCCAGAACUCUACGUAUUAAUUGAAUUCCUAUAAAUAUAAUGGCCGGUAAAGGAAAAGGAAAGAAAAAGGAAAAGAAAGAUGCAGAUGAAGGUGGAGACAAAAAGAAAUCCAAGAAGGGGGCUCCGCGUGGGAAAAAAGGCAAAUCCAAAGGCCGUUGCAAUGUUGACAUGCUGACCGAGGCUGCUAUGGACAAUGUGUACUACGCGUGCCAUAACGUACAGGAAUUGCUCCAGGCUAGAGGAUUCCAUCCACCAGACUUCAAUAAGAAGAAGAAAAAAGGGAAACGUUAAUGUAAAUUGUGGGUUUAAAAGCAAAAUAUCGGAGGUGCUUUUUGCAAAAGUCGUUUAAUAAA